GAUUUGGCAUUUGGCGUACCUGUCACGUACCUGUCUUCAUGCUGUGUUUAUAUCAGAUGUGUUUUCUUUGAAAUUGUUUUAGUAUCAUUUCUCCGUUAAGUUAAUUACUUCAUUGAAAUACCGCGUCAUGGGUCCGCGGUUAAAACACAUCGAGGUGGAGAACUUCAAGUCGUACAAGGGGCGCCAUAUUAUCGGCCCCCUCAAGCCGUUUAAUGCGGUGAUUGGACCUAACGGAUCAGGCAAAUCCAACUUCAUGGAUGCUAUCAGUUUUGUAAUGGGCGAAAAAACUCACAGUCUAAGAGUGAAAAGACUCAGCGACCUUAUUCAUGGAGCAGCUAUUAGCAAGCCCGUUUCAAGAAGCGCGUCCGUGACUGCAAUUUUCACAUUGGGCGGCGAUCCUGAGCAAGAAAUCGCCUUCCAAAGGUCCGUCCAUGGAUCAUCAUCCGAAUUCAAAGUUAAUGGAAACAUUGUCACAGCUAACGACUACCUUGCUGAACUGGAAAAGCUGAAAAUCAACGUAAAGGCAAAAAAUUUCCUGGUUUUCCAGGGCGCUGUAGAAUCAAUUGCCAUGAAGAACCCCAAGGAAAUGACUGCGCUUUUUGAGGAAAUUAGUGGCUCUGGAGCCUUAAAGGAAGAAUAUGAAAAACUCAAGCUGCAGCAGCAGAAAGCGCAAGAAGAAAUGAAUUUUGCCCUUCAGAGAAAAAAGGGGAUCAACGCCGAACGCAAGGAGGCCAGAUUGGAGAAGGAAGAAGCGGACAAAUACUCCCGGUUCAAAGACGAUUUGAAUGAAAAAUUAGUUGAACAUCAGCUUUUCAAGGCGUUCCAUAAUGAGCGUGCCAUGAAAAUCCGCGAACAAGAACUGAAAUCCAAGCAGAAGGAGCUGGAGAAAGUGGAAAAGAAAAAGGAAAAACUAGAGGACAUUCUAAAAGAGAAGAAAAAGGAACAUGGAAAAUUAAACAGAGAACUAGCGAAGAUCGAGCAAGACAUUCGGGAAGCUGAAGUGGAAAUAUCCAAGAAGCGACCCAUGUUUAUCAAGGCUAAAGAAAAAGUCACAUACGUCCAAAAAAAGGUCGAGGGCGCUUACAAGACUCUGGAUCAGGCGAAAAAAGCCCACGAAGCCCAUAUGAACGAUAUCCAGAAGCUGGAAGAUGAACUUGCUGAAGUUGACAAGGCCAAGGCGGAGUAUGAGGAGCAGAUUGCUGGCGAAUCGCAAAGCCAGGGAAGAGACGUCCAUUUAGAAGAUGAACAGGUGCGCGAAUAUCACCACUUGAAAGAAGAGGCGGCUAAAAGAUCAGCCCGAUACAUGCAAGAGCUAGACUCAGUAAACAGGGAGCAGAAAGCCGAUCAAGACCGGCUUGAUAAUGUAUCCACACUGCGCACUGAUGCGGAAAACAAACACUCGCAAAAAUGUCACGAAAAGGAGGAGAUGGAGAAGCGAAUCGAGAAAUUGUCCGAGCAUAUUCGUACAAGUGAGCAGGCUUUACACGACCAGAAGAAGCUCCUGAAGGACUUGCAGUCGGACGUGGGCUCUUCCAGAGACAGAGUCCAGGAAAUUCAAAGACAACUAGAGGAUGUAAUGGAACAGCUAGGCGAUGCCCGAACUGAUAAGCAUGAGGACACCAGAAGGAAGAAGAAGCAGGAAAUUGUUGAUCGAUUUAAGGCAAAUUAUCCUGGAGUGUUCGAUCGCAUGAUCAAUAUGUGUCAGCCGAUCCACAAAAGAUACAACGUAGCCAUAACCAAAGUGCUCGGAAAGUACAUGGAAGCCAUUGUUGUGGACACCGAACACACUGGGCGUCAGUGCAUUAAAUAUUUAAAAGAACAAAUGUUAGAUCCAGAAACGUUCCUGCCGUUGACUUACUUGCAAACCAAACCAGUUAAGGAGCGGCUGCGGAACAUCACUGACCCAAAGGGGGUUAAACUAGUGUACGAUGUUCUUCACUUUGACCCUCCAGAGAUAGCAAAUGCUGUCAUGUUCGCCACUAACAAUGCUUUAGUGUGUGAAGAUUCAGAAGACGCAAGAACCGUGGCUUAUGAGCGAGGUGGCCGAUACGACGCCGUGGCUCUUGAUGGCACCUAUUAUCAGAAAUCAGGUAUUAUAUCAGGAGGAAGCGUAGAUUUGGCGCGCAAAGCCAAACGCUGGGACGAAAAGCAUGUUUCGCAGCUCAAGUCGCAAAAAGAGAAACUAGCCGACGAAUUAAGAGAGGCUCAGAAAAAAUCGCGCAAAGAAUCAGAAAUGAGCACAGUCGACUCACAGAUCCGAGGUCUGGAAACGAGGCUGCGCUACGCCAAGGGAGACAUGGAAAACACUAAAAAGCAAAUUCAGACCGUAGAAAAGGAAAUCCAGGUCGUGGUUGAAGAAAUGAAGAUUUACGGACCUGAAAUCGAAACAAUCGAGAAAGAGAUGCAGAGUCGAGAGCAUCAGAUUGAAGAAAUCAAGCUGCGAAUGAAUACGGUUGAAGACGACGUGUUUUCGGACUUUUGCAGCGAAAUUGGUGUGAGGAACAUCAGGCAAUACGAAGACCGUGAACUCCGGGCCCAAGAAGAACGCAAGCAAAAACGCUUGGAGUUUGAAAUGCAAGUCAAUCGAAUCACAAAUAACUUGGAAUUUGAGAGGAGUCGCGACACUCAAAGCAACGUGAGUCGAUGGGAGCGCACGGUUAAUGACGAAGAGGAAAAACUGGAAACUGCCAAGAAACAAGAAGCGAAACAAAGAGAUGAAAUUGACAAAGAAUUAAAGAACCUGGACGAGCACAAGGCGAAGAAAAUGUCCAAGAAGAAGGAGGUGGAAGAGAUGGAAGAAGAAUUGGGCAAAGCCCGAAGGGAGGUCGGUUCAGUGAACAAAGACAUGCAAGCUAUUCAGAAGGCCAUAGUUUCCAUCGAAUCCAAAAUAGAAAGCCUGAAAAGUGACCGCCAUACCAUCCUUUUGCACUGCAAGAUGGACGACGUGGUAAUUCCAAUGUUGCUGGGAAAUAUGGAAGAUAUUGCUGCUGCAGACCAAUCAACACAAUCGCAAUCCGGUGCUUCAAACGACACCAGCAGUACUGCGCAGCAAUACGAAAGAGAAUCGAGAAUCCAAAUAGAUUACAGCAUGUUGUCUGACGACUUAAAAGAUCUAGAAGAAAAAGAUGAAAUCAAGAAAAGGGAAAACAAACUAAUUAAAGUAAUACAGUCUUUGCAAGAUACACUUCAGAAAAUUCAGGCUCCUAAUAUGAGAGCGGUGGAAAGACUAGAGAUCGCUCAAGGAAAACUACAAUCUACUAAUGAGGAAUUCGAGAGUUUCAGGAAGAAUAAUAAAAGGGCCAAAUCUGCUUUUGAAAAAAUCAAACUUCUUAGAUACGAGAAGUUUAAUGCUUGCUUCGAACACGUGGCAAAUGAGAUUGAUACGAUUUACAAGUCUUUAGCCCAAAAUCAGUCUGCUCAAGCAUUUUUAGGUGCCGAAAACCCUGAAGAACCCUACUUGGAUGGGAUAAAUUACAAUUGCGUUGCCCCCGGAAAACGAUUUCAGCCUAUGUCCAAUCUAUCAGGUGGAGAAAAAACAGUGGCAGCCCUAGCGUUGCUUUUUGCCGUUCACAGCUACCAACCAGCACCGUUUUUCGUGCUGGAUGAAGUAGACGCUGCCCUAGACAACACAAAUAUUGGAAAAGUUGCGAAAUUUAUCUGCGAGAAAACGGAAUCCUUACAGAUCAUUGUUAUUUCGUUGAAGGAGGAAUUCUACUCUCAUGCUGAUGCAUUGAUCGGGAUUUGUCCGCAACCUGGAGAGUGUUUAAUCAGCCAAGUGCUCACGAUGGAUUUAACAGGAUAUGAAUUAAAUUAGACUUCGAUACAUCAAAUGAGUUGGUACAAAAUAUAUUUGUUGUAUCUAUUGAGCAACCAAUAACGUGUUAGAAGUUAAGUGUUGUAGAUUUAAAUUUAGUUUGUUAAUGUGUUGGUAACAAUACUUAGAAUAUUAAUAGUAUUAAUACACAGAAUAUUAAUAGUAUUAGUAAUCACGGUGAAUUUUGUUUGAUAUUACGGCCUUAACUUUUUCAAAUUGGCUGCCUUUAUUAAUGAUUGUCUUGACUGCCGACAUUUUCGUAUUCACAUAGGUACUUUGCAAGUGUUUUCCUGCCGAAAUAAUAAAACGAUAAAAACA